AUGGAAGAACGAGUGGAUAACAUGGUCCAAGCCCGCAAAUCCCACAAAGUUGAACAAAUGGUGUCAAAAUGGCUUCGCCUUACACGAGAUAAUUCACAGAGGAAUCGAGGUCCAGCCAAUGGAGCAACUGCUAACACGAACCAGCUGAGCAGCCCAUUGAAGGUGACAGUGAAGAUUAUCAAAGAUCCAUUUCUGGACCAUGGAUUUGUGAUCUCAGAAGGUUCACCAGUAUGUGUGAGGUCUGUCGCUGCAGGUGGUCCUGGAGAGGGGAAGCUGUUCCCAGGAGAUCAGAUCGUACAAAUUAAUAACAUGCCCCUGGAUAUGAUUUCCCAGGAACAUAUCGAUAAUAUUAUUAGGGAAUGUGGUAACACUGUUACAGUCACUGUACUUCGAAAUACCUCAGGGCCCAAGUCAUCAUUUAUUACUGAAGAAAAGCGAGCCAGACUGAAAAGUAACCCAGUCAAAGUACGCUUUGCUGAAGAAGUGAUUGUCAAUGGCCACACGCAGGGUAACUCACUUCUUUUCAUGCCCAGUGUUCUCAAGGUGUAUUUGGAAAAUGGACAGACCAAAGCCUUUCGAUAUGAGAAAAAUACAACGGUGAAGGAUAUCAUCCUCACCCUGAAGUCGAAGUUGUCCAUUCGUUGUAUUGAACAUUUUGCUCUUGUUUUGAAGGAACGGUACAGUAUCACCAAGGUUUAUCUCUUACACGAUGAUGAAAUCAUUGAGCAGGUAGUCCAGAAGCGGGAGCCCCGUGACUAUAGAUGUCUCUUCAGGGUUUGUUUCCUGCCAAGAGAUCCACUCGUACUUUUACAAGAAGAUCCAGUUGCCUUUGAAUACCUAUACUCACAGAGUUGCAAUGAUGUGCUGCAGGAGAAGUUUGCGAUGGAGAUGAAAUGCAACACUGCUAUCCGUCUUGCAGCGCUGCAAAUUCAGGAAUGCAUCCUGAGCUCCAAGCAGUCUCAGAAAGUCUCCAUGAAGUACAUUGAGAAGGAUUGGGGAAUUGAGAAUUUUGUCUCACCAACUCUGCUUCACAACAUGAGGGAGAAAGAUAUCAGAAAGGCCAUUAACUAUCAUCUUAAGAACAAUCAUAGCUUGAUUGCACCAGGACAAAAGCAACUGAUAUCGACAGCACAGGUCCGGUUAAAUUACCUGAAUAUACUGAGUGAUCUUCGAACAUAUGGAGGGAAAACCUUUAACGCAACGCUUCUGCUGCAGGACAGAGAAUCAUUUAUUACGUUGUUGGUAGGAGCCCAGUAUGGUAUCAGCCAAGUCAUUAACAGCAAGCUCAAUAUUAUAAACCAGUUAACAAACUUCAACAACAUUAGGAAGUUGGAAUUGACCUUCGAGUGUGAGAAGGUCAGCAUGGUGAGCAUCUACCUCAUGGAUGUGAAGUCCCUGACUUUGUUACUGGAAUCUCAUCAUGCCAAAGACCUUGUGUGUUUGAUUGCUGGAUAUCAUAGACUAUAUGUAAACCCAACAGACUCCAUAUUCAUCUGGCCUAGCAACUAUCAAAGUCAGACACUUACAAGUGAAGAAGGUGAUGAGGCCCGAGGAUUAAGUGAUUCAGAGUCAACGUCAGACAUUGACUCAUCGUUGGAUUUGUCUAUAGAGCUCCACAAAUUGAGAAAUGGAUUCAUACAACCUCUGACUGAAGAAAAUGAAGAUAUUGAGAACUCAGAAAGUGAGGCUACAGACAGUGACUGCUUAAGGGAGGAUAUUCAGGAAGAGACCAGUUGCAGCACAGGGGACGUGUCUGAUCUGAAUGAUGAAACAAUAAGUCAGGGAGGAGACAUUUGUGAAAGAAGCUGUUCUGCCUACUCUAUGGACGAACUGCAAACAGAGACUUCAAUGAGCAGUACAUCAGGUCCACACUCACAUGGCGAGAUUUCUGAAGAUGAUGAUAAAGAUUCUAUCACUGAAGAGAGUGAAGGUGAGCCAGUUAUGAAGAAGCACUGUAUCAUGGAAUCUAAAGCCAGUUUCGAACAGCCUUCAACAGACUCCUUAAUCUCUACUCAGUCCCUUUCUAAAUACAUUGCCAGUGAUAUAAAGGUGUUUUGCUCUUCUCCUGACCUUAGCCAAAGUGAGAACCCUUACACUGCAGAAUGUUGUAACCAGUGCCCCAGCAAUGAUGGUGAGAGUCAUGCAGAAGGGGACGGAUCUUGGAGUUUGACAAGUCAUGGCCUGCUCACUGAGUUACCACCAAUUCCUCUUCCAGAGGAACCAGCUACUGACAGGGAGCUAUCCAGUGAGGUCCGCACUAUCCCGAUUCUGGAUCCUCCCCCUGGCUUUCAGGACAGCAGUUCUGAUGACGAAUUUUUCGAUGCAGCUGAAAAAUUUACUGAUGUAGAACGUCCAGUUGACAUCAAGUUCAGUGGAACUGGAGCAGAUUUGGAAACUGACAAUAUUAAGGGGAUUGAAAUGAAGCAAAAUAUGCAGAUAAGUCAAAGUCUUUAUGACACUGGACUGGACAUCAAAUCUGCUGAAUGCAUCAAAGGUAAAACAGAAGAAACAAAAUACACAACUACAGGAAAAAUACCUUUUACAUCCAAUGACGUACGUGAUGUAAAAGCUGUUCAAUCACAGUGUCAUUCAAGCAAAGCUGGAGAUCAUGUGUGUUGUUAUGAAAAGGAACAUCUUAUAACAAAAAUGCAGCAAUUGACAACACUUUGUUCUUUGACAAGUAUGGAGAAUGAACCAGCCUUGUUGGAAACUAAGCCUAUUGGUCCAUUAAAGUCCAUUUCCACCUGUGCCAAUAAAAAGGUCCCAUCAGAUUUAAUGGAGAUGGAGCCAGAUACCAUGGAAACAAAAUCAGUCACAGAAGCAAUACCUGUCAUUACUACAGUCUCAGCUAGACGUUACCCAUGUGAUUCAGACAUGAGAGAGGGCUGUCCUCCUUAUACAGAGAAUAAAGCAGAAGAAAGCACAGACAGACCUUCUCUUAAAGCAAAGCUGCGUGGAGCUGAUUGCUGCGAUAUGGAGGAGUGUUCAAGCCCUUCAGGUGUACCUUCGGGUGUAAUCCUAGAGUUUGGACAAGCAUACUCGCAGAAUCUAACAGAAGAUAAGAUGUAUAAUGUUACCACUGUGUCUUGCACUGAUGAACAACAAACCAUGAACACAAUUAGCAUGAAAGACAAGGAGCAUGAUAAAGCAAUUGUCAAAAACAAUACAGUCCUACAAAUGGGAGAUAAGCACACUCAGUCGGUGGACAUGGGUCAAAGUGGAACUGCAUUCAGGCAAACUUUAUGUCAGGUAAACUCCAAGGAGAAUAUGUUCAACUCCAAAGAAGUGGUUAACAAUGGUCAAAGAGGAGGAUCAUGUUACCAAAAUGAUGAUGGCAGUAUAACUUCACAGAUAUAUUCUGUGAUGUCCAGAGGAGAUCAGACAGUAUUCUCAGAAAACUCAGUACUGGAAGAGGAGAUCUCCAGCAGGAGGAACUCAUCUGAGACAGGCAAAGAAAGCAAAGAUGCUUACUCGUUUGACAUAUCCAGGCUACUCUUGAAUUUAAACCGAGUCUCCUUUAAGACAUUUGGCAUGGUUAAACAUUUGGGAUCACCACACUUAGAAACAAAGAUGGAAACUUGCUCAGCGGGGUCUCUAAGCAUUUCUGAAUGUAAAAUGGAGCCUGCAGAAGACAGCUCGAAAGAUUACUUAUCAAAAACAGAACAGAACCCUAACCAGACUGAGUCAAGAGUGUCUCCCACACUAGCAAAUGUAAAUGAGAUCAGUACACCGAUACUUUGCCCAGAAGGUAAAAACCUUCCUCGGGAAAUACCUUCACUGUCAAAUACAUCAAGCCCGCUUUGUGAAGUAGACAGCUCGAUCAUUCAGAAAUCCACAAAUGCAACUCAGCAAAGUGAAUGUCUCUCCAUCAAAUGUCUACAACAAAUAAAAUAUAAAAGUAGUUUGAAUGUUGACUCCACUGUUUCAGCUGUCCUUACAACUGACAUGGAUAAGGAAAUAGAUGAACAGCUCCCAAAGGGUGGCAAGGAUAUGUGUAGCUGUCAGAUAGUAUAUGGGAACUGUUUUAGAGCACAGGGCACUGAUGCUAAUGACGAAAACAAAGAUGUAGCCUAUUCCACACAGCAGUGUUCACCAAAGACCACCCCACCUGAUUCAGGAAGCCACUUGUCUCAAUACCUCACUACAUUUACUGGACAAAGUGAGAAAACUGUGCUUACCAAUUGCUCCUUUGAUUUUCCUAAAACUGAUCUUACACCAAUGCUUGAAAGCUCCAUUCUGUCACAUUUCAAGGAUAAAAAAUACAGCAUGCCAAAUGGAUUCAGGCUGAUACAGAACGAUAUCAUGGAGCUGCUCAACAUGCUGAAAGAAUUCCCCAGAGAAAGCCACGUAGAGGAAGAAUGUGCAAUACUUACUUCAUCAACACAGCAGAAAUUAUAUACUGAAAGUGGAAAGCUGACGUCUGCUUGCCAGAAGGGCAUCAAAGUAGACCAGGCCCCUGUGGAGAUGCUCCUGGGAGUUUCUGAAAGUUUCCAGGCCCUCGUACAGCUAACAGCAACAUGUCUCCAGUUCACGACCUGCAUGCAUUGUGCAGAACGUCAUGCAGAAGUGGUCAAUAGCUUAACAGAGGUUUUUAUGACUUACAAAACCUUUGUGCAAAUCUCUGAGGAUGCAUGCAGCAGGAAGUCUGAUGAUUUAAACAUGAAACUCCUGGCUCAGCAGUGUGCUGCACUGACCGCUGGGGUUUUCUGCCUGACACAACCAUUCAAGUGA